AUGGCUUCAGGCUUGGGUUCGUUCGACCCGGAGACGGCUCAGAAUUUGGAAGAUAUGGAAAAGCAAUUUGCGGUUAAAGCCGUGCAGCAAAUGUCAACAUACUGGGCCAUUCUCGAGCGAGCACCCGGAUCAAAACUUCGACUCACAAAGUUGGAUGAUGAGAUAUAUGAGAGCUUCAAGACCGAGUUUCCUGACUUCGACCCUGCCGCGACAAUUGACGAGGAUGAAAUGAAGAGCAAGGCUGGCAAGGAAAAAUGGCGAAACUGGAUGAAGCAAUAUGAAGAGAAAGUUGCUGAUUACAACUUUGGUACUCUCUUGAGAGCAAACCCGAAAUUUGAGUACGGAGAAAAAGAGACUAUUUUCGUUGUCCGUAUGCAGUUUUAUGCCAUUGAAAUCGCAAGAAACCGCGCUGGUCUAAACGACUGGGUAUAUGAACAGGCACAGAAAGAGAAGUCCCGUUCAUAA